AUGUGGACUCUGGUUCCCGUCAUAACUGUGCCCUAUGAAGUCAAGGGUGUAUUUCUCGUCCUUUCGGUCCUGGAGUUUGCAGUGGGGAUUCUGAUCAACACCUUCAUUUUCCUGGUGAAUUUUCGGGAUGUGGUGAGGAGGCAGCCCCUGAGUGACUGUGACCUUAUCCUGCUGAUUCUCAGCCUCACCCGGCUGUUUCUGCACGGGCUGCUGUUUCUGAACGCCCUCCAGCUCACCCUGUUCCAGCAGAUGAAGGACCCGCUGAGCAGCAGCUACCAAACCAUCAUCAUGCUCUGGAUGAUCGCAAACCAAGCAGGCCUCUGGCUCGCCACCUGCCUCAGUCUCCUCUACUGCUCUAAGAUCGUCCGUUUCUCUCACGGCCUCCUGCUCUGCCUGGCAAGCUGGAUCUCCAGAGGGGCCACCCGGAUGCUCCUGGGUACUGUCCUUCUCACCUGUGCCUGCGCUGUCUUAUGUUCUUGGGACUUUUUUAGUAGAUUUCACAUCGCAGCCACAUAUACGCUAUCCACGAGGAAUGACACAGAACACAAUUUGCAAACUGAAAACUUCAAUUUCGUUCGGUCCUUCCUCUUCUGCAGCCUGGGCUCCAUCCCGCCUUUCUUGUGUUUUCUGGUUUCUUCUGGGGUGCUGAUUGUGUCCCUGUGGCGCCACACGCGGACCAUGAGGGCCAAGACCAGCGACUAUAGCGACCCCAGCCUGGAGGCCCACAUCAAAGCGCUCAAAUCCCUCAUCUCCUUUCUCUGUGUCUAUGUGGUGUCCUAUUGCGCCGCCCUCCUCUCUGUGCCGCUCCUGGUGCUGUGGCACAACAAGCUCGGGGUCAUGGUGUGUGUGGGGUUGAUGGCGGCCUGCCCCUCGGGACACGCGGCCAUCCUGAUCUCAGGCAAUGCCAAGCUGAGGAGAGCUGUGGACGGCGUCUUACUCUGCGUGCAGAGUGGCCUCAAGGUAAGGGCAGACCACAAGGCAGACCCCAGGACACCAGGCCUCUGCUGA